AUGCUGGACUUUUUGAAGAAGGAGGUGAGCGAAUGUGCGAUUCUCUGCGGUGCAAUUAAGAUGUGGAUCACGCUUCGUAUUCCCAAAAUGGAGGAUGGAAACGACUUCAACGUAUCCAUUCAGGAAGAGUGCGUCAACACCAUUUCGGACGUGGAAGACGAGGCGUACAGCAUUCUUGAUUCCAUCUCCAACUAUCAUCAUACACGAGGCAGCUACAUUAUUGAGAUGGUUGCGAAUCCCUCGGUGAUGGAUUUCGCCAAGUGCAUCUCGCAAGUGGAUGAAACACAGUUCUUCAAUACGAAGCUGUCAAUCCAAAGCUUCCGGAAUAACUACGCCUUGCUAUAUGACCUGGUGAUCAAGAACUUGGAAAAGCUGCGCACACCUACUUCCCAUGUUGAUUCUCUUUCAUUUUAUUAG